AAGGGGGCUCCUGGCGGCUCCUGGCGGCGGCCCACCAGCUGGCCCGCCCCCCUCCUCACAACAACAACACCACCAGCUGGGGGGAGGCACCACCCCUGACGACCACCUCAAGCCACCACAGGGAAGGUGGUGCGGCCAGGUGGGAGAGCAACACCAGGAUGCUCUCCACUGAAGACCCGCCUCGGGCACACGGCGCCAGGGAAGGACAGGUGGAUGUCCGGGAGGAUGAGGACCAGGGAGUUAAACUUUCUGAGAUUAUUGAGCUUCUUGUAGCUGCCGGCUACUUCCGAGCUCGUAUCAAGGGGCUGUCGCCCUUUGACAAGAUAGUUGGUGGAAUGACGUGGUGUAUAGAGACAUGUAACUUUGAUGUUGACAUAGAUUUGCUUUUUCAUGAAAACCUUACCAUUGGUCAGAAAAUAGCAUUAACGGAGAGAAUUGUGCGGGUCUUGCGGUCCAUGAAGUGUCCACAUCAGUUAGAGCCUCACCAGAUCCAGGGACUUGAUGCUAUACACAUUUUUCCAGUAAUUCAGUGGCUCGUGAAAAAGGCACUUGAAACGAGGGAAGAAUUUGGCGACGAGACUCGGAACUUUUCUCUUCUCCAGUUUCGUCAUUACUACUGUACUCCUCGAGAAGAAAAGUUAAAGGAGUCCUUAGUCAAAGCUACCCAGACAUUAUCUGCAGUUCAAUCGGCAUAUGGUCCAAAGCGGAGGUGGCGAAGGAAAGCAUCAACCCCACUGGAAUCGCCAAGCAUGCGUGUACAGACUACGCUGUUGGAGUAUGGACAGCUGAAUAAUGCAGGAUUUGGGAGCAAGAGAGACGAAGAUGAAGCUGAUACUGGCAGGAGUGAGCAGAUGGCAGAAGUGGAGGAGCUGAUGCAAAGCAUGGAUGUUGCCGAGGCCGUGGAGGGCAAGCUAAGUGCUCAACAUGUGGGCAACAUUGUCAGUGCCAGGGUACAGGAGAUUGCUGCCACCUCUCAACACUAUUCACACCUUCAACAACAAAUAACGGAGGAAAUCCUUGGAGAUAGUGCUUCCUCUCAGGCUCGUAUGGUGGCCUCGCUUGAGAAGCAGCGUGCAUCUUUAUCCUCACAGUUGUCGGAAGUGGAAGCUACGCAAGCUGCUCAAGUAGCCAAGGUUGAAGCAAUGAAAUUAAGAUUACAAGAAAUUAUACAAGAAAGAAAAGAACUUGAAGCAAAAAAUGUUGAAUUGGGCAUUGUGGACUCGAGUGAAAAUAAACAAGUUGUGAAAAGAUUAUCACACCUAGUUGAAGAAAAUGAAAAAGCCAGGAAGAAAGAAACCGAAUUUAAAGAUGGAUGCCGCAGGGAGUCUGAAAAGAUGAAGAAGGAAAUCAGUAAUCUCCAGACACAACUCAAGGAGAUAGAUGUUGGAGAUGAAGUGACAGAACGCUACAAUGUGGAGAAGGAGAAGUAUGCUAAGAUGAGACGUCAGUUAGCCAAGAAGACCAGACAAGUUGAAGCUUUAAAGAGAUAUAUUGAUGAUGUACCUGGCAGAGCUGAGCUUUCACAAUAUCAACGAAGAUUUAUAGAAUUGUACAACCAGGUUGCUGCCACCCAUCGGGAGACACAGCAGUUCUAUAACAUGUACAACACACUCGCAGACACUCGCACGUACAUGGAGAAGGAACUCUCCCUUCUUAAUUCAAUACUUGAUAACAUGGCAAUGGCUCUGGGCAACACCGCUAACAUGGACGAAUAUCUCCAACAGUUGGAUACCAUAGUCGAAGGCAUUAGACAAAAUAAACAAAAGCUUGAGCGUAGACAUGCAGAAGAGAGAGCUCACCGGAAUGCUCUUAGCGAUGAACUGAGUCGCUUACAGGAACUAAACCGACAGUAUGCCAAGAUUGUGCAUUUACUUGGGCAGGAAAUUAAUAAGAAUGAACUCCUGCAUCAGAAAGUUACUGCUCGUGGUUCUAAGUAGGUCAAAUAUUAUGCCUUGGGACCAAGGUGCAACCACUGCUUGAACUAUUGAUAACCAUACAAGUACAGUACAAUGUUUUCAUCUUGUAUAUAAGAUUAUUCAGUAACAUAAUAUUUACUAAAUUCUUGUUAAUUUUCAUCAUUUGAUAAGAGUCAAAUAGGUUACAUAUUAUGGUGAAAAUCAUUUGAUUAAAACACAUGUUGAAUAAAAUGCUGUGGUAUAUUUUGGAACAGUUUUGGUGUACACAGGUUAUGCAACAGGACAUUGUGUAGAUCACUGUCUGGUUGACCUAAUGUUAUUUAGUGAUGACCAACCAUGGCCACCAAUUAGUGAGUGAAAAUGAAUGACACAUUUGUUAGCUACUGGGGUGUGUUACACAUAAACCAGAUGCUUCAUUAGUUGUAUCAUGUAUUUAAAUAGAAGCAUUAGUGUGGUGUAGUUCUACCCCAUAGAGUGUAUGCGGGGUGACAAGUGAAACCCUGAUUUGUUAUCAGUGGAUGUGUCAGGACCCCUAGAUCCAUUGGAACCACAGGUUACAUUACUUUUGCAUAUAGUGGCCCAGUGCUUUAAGGCAUGGGCUUAGGUGCAUCCAGUGUGCAUGUUCGAAUCCUCAUGGCUCCUAACUGAUUUUCUCAUUGAUACAUCACAAUGUGAUUUUUUGUGCAAUAAUUAAAAAAAAUGCCAGUAUAAUUAUUGAACAAGGAAAUCACAUUGUGAUGUAUCAAAUAAGAAAAUAAAGAGCCAUGAAGAUUCGAACCUGCACACUGGGUACUCCCAAGCACAUGCCGUAAACCACUGAACCACAAUGGGACCUUGGAUUCUACUGAAUUUUAUUCAGGUCAUGUGGCAUCCAUUGAUAACAAAUCAGAGUUUUAACAAGCUACCCACAUACAGUACUCGUCAAAAGUGAGCCUCUCCUGGCUCGUGACAAAGAAGAGUUGUGUGUGAAAUAUUUGAGACAAGAGUGUGCACCAGGUACAUGUCAGGUGUCCACUAAGCUUCCUGGAUCUACACAGCUGUGAUUAUUGAGAAAAUCGAUAAGAGCCAUGAGAAUUUGAACCCGCACUCUCCUUAUAGCAUUGAACCACGAUAUGGAAAAGUAAUGCAACCUGGGUUUCAACCAAAUCCUCUUAGUGUCACAAGGCAUCCACCGAUAACAAAUCAGGGUUUCAUGCAUCAUCUGCAUACACUGGUGUGGCCCAAUGCUCCUUUUCAAAAGCACAAAGAUCACAUUAAUGUAACUGUAGUCUAGGUGUUUAAGGCACAACCCGUUCUCGCAAAUUCGUAAAGUCAAUAUUGACUUACACUUUCGCGCUAUCUGGACGCGCCGGCGCGUCCCGUUUCGU